AUGAGUGAUUGUUCCCCAUUUUUAUUUGAAAACUUUAGACGUAUUUCAGAAGAUAAACAUACAAAGGUAUGUAAUAAAUCGGAAAAAUAUAUAGAUAAUCUGAUUGAUUUAUAUUGGAAUGACAUAUGUACAGAAACCAAAUUAGAAGAAGAUACCGAUGAAAGUAAAAAUGAAAAUUUUAAAAAAUGUGAAUUAAUAGGAAGAACAUAUGAUAAUAUAAACAAAGCUAAUUUAGAAACAAAUUUUAAGGAAGAAGAUUAUAAAUUAUCACAAUUUAAUGUGGAGCAAAAUUAUAAUGACAAAAAAUAUAUUAACAAUUUUGAUAAUUCAGAAUGUGAUGUAAACAAUAUUUCCUUUGAUAAUGAGAAUCCAUAUUUUAAAGAAUAUGAUAAGAAUAAAUUUAUUAAUGAAUUUAUUGCAUAUUAUAAAAAUCUCAAAUGUGAAUAUUUCAUAUCUCCUGGAAAUUUUGUACAAUUAUAUACAAAUAAAAAGAAUUGUAAUUUAAUUAAAGAGAAGGAAAUUAAAUUCAAAGGUAUGUCUAGAUAUAAAAAUAAAAAAAAAUAUAAAUAUUAUAUGAAUGAUGUAAGAGAUUAUAAUAGUAUUAAUAAUAAAGAUAGAAACAAUCUAUAUAAUGUAGACAAAUUAAGAGAAAAACAGAAGAAAUACGAUAAAAGUGAAAAGAUGAUGUUUCAUAAAAGUUUUUUAUCAUAUAAUAUGGGACUCCAUAGAGAAGAAAAAGGUUUCAGUAAGAAGGCAAAAAAAAGGGAAAAAUUGUGGAAAAGAAAUAAAAUAAAGAGAGAAAAAAAAGAAUACAUAGAAAGUUUAAAGGUGGAAAAAAUGGAAAUAAAUUUAUGUGUAACGAAAAGAUCUAAGGAAAACAUAUACGAUAUAAUAGUAGAGAAUAAUUUAAAAAAUGAAAAAUUGGAAAAAAUUCAAAUGAAAGUACAUAAUGAUACAUCAUAUUUAAAAAAAUUAAAAAGAGAAAAAAGAAAUGAAAUGUCGAUGAUUAAUAAGAGUGAAAUAAGAAAUAAAAAAAUUGAUAGGGUAUUUAAUGAUAAAAAAAAUAUCAAGGUACAAAAUAAUGUAUCUAGAUUGCACGUGUUAGAAAAAGAACCAAAUAAAUCGAAGGAUAGUAAAGAGUUCCUAUAUAGUAUGGAUGAAAUUCAUAUUAAGAAUAAAGAAGAAUGUGAAAAUAUAAGAGAGAAAUUCCUAACACUUUUUGAGUCAUCUAUUGACAAUACAAAUUUAUAUAAGGAUAAAAUUAGUAGUAAAGAAGAUUUAAUUGUAAAAAAAAAUCAUAUUGAAAUAAUGAAUGAGUCAGAAGAAGAUAUAAUAAAAAAAGAUAUUAUUAAUAAAAGUUAUAGUAGUGACAACAUAAAAUAUAGUGAUGAUUAUAAAAUGAAUAAUAUAUGUGAAUAUAAUAAUUCAUUGUAUAUAGAUAAUUAUUCGUCUCAAUCGUGUAAUGAAAAAAGAGAACGAUAUAGUAAUUAUUACAAUAAUUAUAAUAAUAUUGUGGAAUAUAAUAACAUGUCAUAUGAUUAUUGUUAUUAUAAUAAAGAGGAAGGAAACAUGAUAGCGUAUGAUAAUAUUAUAACUGAAGGGGAUUUUAUUAGAGAUAAUAAAGAAAAUGAUGAUUUGACCAAAAAUAUGGAAGCAUUACAAUUAUAUAGAGAACAUAUAAAAAAUGAAUCAAAUGAGAUGGAUAAGGAUACAAACAAAUUUACAUAUUUAUCACAUAAUUCGAUAAAGGAAGAAAUAAAAAGAAACCAAGAUAUAAAUGUGGAUAAUAUGGAUAUUUUAAAUUUCAUGGAAGAAAAUAAAAGAAACACAAAUUAUGCUUCUUAUAUAUCAUCUGUUGAAAAAAAAAAAAAAAAAUAUUCCUGCAAAAUUAAAAAAGUGGAUAAUCGUAUAAAAUAUAAAAAGGAUAAUAUACAAAUAAUUAACAUAGAGGAUAUUCCAUCAAAGGUACCCUUAACUAUGCUAAUUUUACAACAUAUGGAAGAGAAAACAAAAGAAAAAAAUCAAAAAGAGGAUAAAAAAUUUAAGGUAAAUUAUAAGGUUGAAUUAAUUGGUCGUUUAAAUAAUUCUGUGAAUUUAAAAAAAGCAAUAGAAAAAGAGAAAACACUUUUUUCAAGAAUUGAAAAGAUAUAUGAUGUAUGCAAUAUGUAUAUAAAGGAAAAUAAAAAUAUAUGUUUCAAAGAAAAUAAAAAGAUGACUGAAAAAAAUAAUAUUUUUAGUGAUGAUGAUGAAAAAUAUAGAUAUCCUAUUGUUAGUAGUUCUUAUAUACCUUUUCCUAAUAUGGAUGGAAAAAAUAAUAGGAUUCACAUUAAAGAAUAUAUGCAUAAUAAAUAUUUAUUAAAUUUCAGAGAUGAUAAAAAGGACCAUAUAUAUAAAAACGAUGAAGAAGAAAAAAAAAAAAAAAAUAUACUACUCCCUGUCAAAACCAUGAACAUAUUAAAUGUGAAGACAAAUGAAGAAGUAAACAGAAAAAAUAAUCUUCUUAUAAACAAAUGUAUAUAUAAAAAAAAAAACAAUUGUGACAAUAAAAUACCUGUAAGUAAUAUUUAUAAAGAUAAGGCACUUACUAUGAAGGGGAUAAAAACAUUUUUGAAGAAAAACAAUAUUAUGGUCUCAAAAGAGAAAAUGACCAUAAAAAAAGAUAAUUUGAUAAAGUAUAAAAAUAAGAUUUAUUUUUCUCAUCUAUUAAAAAAUAAUUGUAUUAAGAAGAUUUCCAUGAUUAGUUUGAUUAAUAUGAAGGACAAAACAAAUAAGGUGUGUAAAAGGAAUAAAAUGGUUGCGACGAAAUAUAUGAUACCUAAUAAAACAGAUAUGAAUAAAAAGGAAUCUAAUGCAAAUAUUAAAAAGUAUAAUAUACAUAAGAAUAUAAAUAAAUAUAUAGGAAUAAACAAGUCAACACAUGUUAAUGAUAAUAAGGUGGAAAGUAUUCAAAAUGGUAUGAGUAAUAUAGAACAUGAUAAUAAAAGGGAUAUUAUAAAAAAUGUUUUAUUUGUAGAUAAUACAUAUAAGGAUAAUGGUAUGUCUAAAAAAUCGAGUGUUAUGUUUAAUAAUAUAAAUUUAGAAAGGAUAAAAAUUCAUGAUAAAAAAGAAAGUGAAGAGAAUUCUUUCAAAUGUGAAAUAAAAAAUAAUGACUAUGAUAAUGUUAAAUAUGAUGAAAUGAAGGGAUCUGAUGAUUGUUUGAAUGAAAAUGAUACAAUCGAAAAGGAGACAUUUGAUUUGCAUCAUGAGGGCAAUUCUGAACGUUUAAUAGAAGAAGAAAAACAAAUAUGUAUGUUAGAUGAUAAAAAAAAAAAUAAUAAUAUAAUGAAUGUUGAUGAGAAAAGGAAAAGUGACCAUUUGUCUUAUGAAAAGGUAUUAAAAAUGGAAGGAAUUGAUAAAAAUGAAGAAGGUGAAAAUAAUAAUAAUAAUAGUGAGACCUUUGAGAUGGGCAAAAAUUCAUUAAUAUUUAUGAAUAAUAUAAAAAAGAGUAUAAUAAAUCAUAGUGAGAAUGAAAAAAGUAUUAUAGAAUCACUCAAGGAAGAGGAACAAAAUAUAUUUCCUGUUAAGAUAAAUAAUAAAAAAAAAGAUAUAUGUAAAAAUAUAAAUAAAUCUGACUAUUCCGAUAAAGAUUAUAGUGUGUUGUUAAAUAGUAUAGAAAAAAAAAAUUAUAAGAAAUGUUCUUGCACUUCAAAUAUAAAAGAAAUAGAAAAAAAGAAAAUAAAUGAGGAAUAUGUUGAUUUAAAAAAUAUAAAUUGUUCUAGAAAUACAUUAGAAUUUUUUCUGACCAAAAAAUAUUUGAAAAGUAGCGAAUUUAGUAUAAAUAAAAAACAUGAUUAUGAAAAUAUUAAUGUAUAUGAAAAAAAAAAAAAAACAGAACAACCAAAAAAAUUAAAUGGAAAAAUAAACGUUAACAUUUUUAAUGAUAGGAUAACAGAAGAAAACAGUUCAUCUCAAUUUAAUUUUGUUAAAAAAAAAAAUCAUAAUUGUAUGAUUAUAUUUGAAAAAAAAAAGAGUAAGUCCAUAUUGUUCUCAGAAAUAUUUCGUGUUGAAAAAAAUAAAAAACGUGCAACAAAUUUUAUGCGUUCUCAAGAACAAUUUAUUUUAUCAAACGAACAUGUUGAAAAGGGUGAAAAUAAAAAGAGGAUAGAAAAAAAGGAUGAGGAAUAUAUAAAGGAAAAAAUAAAAAAUAAGAAAAAUGAAUUUAAAAAUAAUUUAACAGAGCAAUUACUUUCUUUAAAAAGUGCAGAAAAUAUAAAAACAAAUGAUAGUUUCAAUACUGAAAAAAUAAGACACGUAAAACGAAUCAAACGAAAAGUUAACCUUAAUAAUAAUUUUAUUUUAAAUAAUUUUACUAAUAUUUUAAAAAAAUUACAGAGGGGGGAAGAGGAUAAAUUGAAAAUGAAUGAAAAAAAAAAAAAGGAAAUAAAUAAAAAUGAUGAGAAGGGUGAAUAUAAUGAGACGAAUGAACAUAUGAAAAACCCUGAACAGGUUAGAGAAAAAGAAUAUAACCUUUUAACAACCAAAUCGAAAGAGACAGAAAAAAGGAAGGAAGAUUAUUUUAUAAUACAAUUAAAUAUAAUAACUGUAUUUCUGUCCGAUUCAUAUAUGAAGAGGGUUAAUAUGAAAGAUACCUAUUACAUGAAGUUAUUUAUAUAUUCUUCGAAUGAAAUAAAAAAAAUAGAAAAUAAUUAUAUUGUUGAAAAAUUCCCUUGUUACUUUGUAUCACAUGCGAAUGGUAUAGCCUUAAGUUGUGACGCUUUCAAGAAGAUGAAUGCUAUGUGUGAAAACCCAUCAACUGGAGUAUUCAAAUUGGUAGUAUCUUGUUGUAGAGAAAAGGCUAUUUUAAGAAAAGAGAUAAUAAGGAUGUAUAGUCGUAUUUUUCAAGCACCCCUAAAUUUGAAGACUUAUCCUUUGAGCAGGAACAAAAAAUAUGCGUACGAGGAGAGCUCCUUCAAUGAUGGACUUUACGAAAUGAGCGGUACCAUAAUCCUUGGAACAUUAUAA